CACUUCUCAAGAUGACCUCAAGCUCUGCAGAAGCUUAAAGACGUCCUUCACUUUCCAUACAGACAGCGAGUGCGGCAGACACACUCAGCGCGCGCACACACACGCACUCAUAUACACACGCACAGAGAGAGAGAGAGUGAGAGAGAGAGAGAAAUAGAGAGAGAGAGACAGAGAGAGACAGACUAAAGGCUCCUCUUAUAUCUGGUGGGGUUUUGCCUCUGGGUUAGAAGAAACAAACAAGAACACAAAAGCUCUUGCAACAGCCUUACCAACCAACCGACAGACAUCGGAAGCAGAUCAUUUUAUGACUUCUCAGGUUAACUGAAUGGUUAUACCGAGGUACAGUGUCCUAUGUGGAGAUUUCUUCACAUCGUAAGCCGAUUUAUUUCGUUUACCAUCUGCAUGAUGUUUGCUGACAAUUCAUACAUAUGCCAGAGUAUCGUCAGAUAUUAACUGCCAUUUGAUCAUUUAGAGUUAAAUCGUGUGUUUUUUUUUCCCUUCAUGACGACACGCUUUUGAUGUAUUGUGAAUUAUUAAACUUCGAGAUGUCCGUAGAGCAGCACAUUAUCAUCCUCAUGUCUCGCCUGCAGUGACAAGUUAAGUUACGCAUAUUUCUCUCUGGCAGAGAACUGCUGUGUAUUUCAGCGCAAGAGAUAACGAAGAAGACGGAUUACAAUGUUGAGGAUUUUGGAUGCUUUUGUCACUUUGGUGACUCUCUCCUGCCUGGUGGAAGGGGUGUUCGGGGGAUACGGGAUGAGCAUGUUCGCCGCGCAAACAUCUCCUCCAGACCCGUGUUACGACGAGAACGGUAACCCGAGAAGAUGCAUCCCCGAUUUCGUGAACUCGGCGUUCGGAAAGGAGGUGCGCGCGUCCAGCACCUGUGGCAAACCCGCCAGUCGGUACUGUGUGGUGACUGAAAAAGGCGACGAACGAAACCGGAAUUGUCACAUUUGCGACGCAUCGGACCCCAAGAAACACCAUCCGUCUGCCUAUCUAACGGACCUUAACAACCCUCACAAUCUCACUUGUUGGCGAUCUGAAAAUUAUAUCCAGUACCCACAGAACGUGACGCUAACUUUGUCACUGGGUAAAAAAUUCGAAGUGACUUAUGUGAGCUUGCAAUUCUGCUCGCCAAGACCUGAAUCUAUGGCUAUCUUCAAGUCAAUGGACUACGGCAAAUCUUGGGUCCCGUUCCAGUUCUACUCAACACAGUGUCGGAAGAUGUACACUAAACCGAACAAGGCUACUAUCACCAAACAAAACGAGCAAGAGGCUAUUUGCACGGAUUCCCACACAGACAUGCACCCCCUCUCUGGCGGUCUUAUCGCAUUCAGCACUUUGGAUGGACGUCCGUCGGCGCACGACUUUGACAACUCGCCAGUGCUGCAAGAUUGGGUGACAGCAACCGAUAUUAAAGUGACGUUCAGCCGACUGCAUACUUUCGGUGAUGAAAAUGAGGAUGACUCGGAGCUGGCACGGGACUCUUAUUUCUAUGCGGUAUCAGACCUUCAAGUCGGCGGACGAUGCAAAUGUAACGGUCAUGCUUCCCGGUGCGUAAAAGACAGGGAUGGGAAUUUGGUUUGUGAAUGCAAACACCACACUGCAGGACCGGAGUGUGACAGAUGCAAACCGUUUCACUACGACCGACCAUGGCAACGAGCUACGGCCAGAGAGGCAAAUGAAUGUGUCGCCUGUAACUGCAACCUGCACGCCAGACGCUGCCGCUUCAACAUGGAGCUGUACAAGCUGUCGGGGAGGAAGAGCGGAGGCGUGUGCCUCAACUGCAGACACAACACGGCUGGCCGCCACUGCCACUACUGCAAGGAGGGCUACUACAGAGACAUGGCCAAGCCCAUCUCACACAGGAAGGCCUGCAAAGCAUGCGAUUGCCAUCCCGUGGGCGCCGCGGGCAAAACCUGUAACCAAACCACGGGCCAAUGUCCCUGUAAAGACGGCGUGACGGGUAUCACGUGCAACCGUUGUGCUAAAGGCUACCAGCAGAGCCGCUCGCCCAUUGCCCCGUGUAUAAAGAUCCCAGUAGCACCACCAACAACUACCGCAAGCAGUACAGAAGAGCCGGCAGAUUGUGACUCCUACUGCAAGGCAUCUAAAGGCAAGCUGAAGAUCAACAUGAAGAAGUACUGCAAGAAAGAUUAUGCCGUCCAGGUCCACAUCCUGAAGGCGGACAAGGCAGGCGAGUGGUGGAAGUUCACCGUUAACAUCAUCUCCGUCUACAAGCAGGGCGAGAGCCGCAUCCGACGCGGGGACCAGUUCCUGUGGGUGCGAGCCAAGGACGUGGCCUGCAAAUGCCCCAAGAUCAAGCCAGGCAAGAAGUACCUGCUGCUGGGCAACGAUGAGGACUCGCCGGGCCAGAGCGGGGUCGUGGCGGACAAGGGCAGCCUGGUCAUCCAGUGGAGAGACACGUGGGCCCGGAGGCUCAGGAAGUUCCAGCAGCGGGAGAAGAAAGGCAAGUGCAAGAAGGCCUAGGGGGGAGGAGCGAAGACAAGUGGGGGCGACCGAAGGGGGGGACAACUCAGAGCUGGACGGAGGAAUUAAGGAAGAGGAAAAAUGGAGAGACAGAAGGACAGUGGGAGAGAGGAGGAGAGAGGGAUCGACCGGUGCUGCUUUGAGCGGAGGCAUGAAGAAGAGUUUAUUAGGAUGAUAUUUGAAAUAGGAACUUUUUUUUGUGAAGGAGCUCACCUUGCAUUUUUCUUGUCGUUUGUUUAUCAGUUUCUUCAAGAUUGAUUGAUUUCUUGUGGAUUUUGCUGAGUUUGCACCUAUACCCGUUUAGAGAGUAGUUUUUCUCAUGGCUUCAUUAUGUCUUGAAUCCAUGGCAAUGAAACAUUUUUGUCCACUGCAAAUGAAAAACAAAGCAAGCCAUUGCAACAAACUACACAACAGCAGUCCAGUAAGUGGGCAGGGGAUUCAUCUUUGUUCAUAGCCAGAUAACACAAACUGUUCAGUGUUUAUUCAACAUUUUACUUUAUCACCAGUUUUUCAGGUGUUCAUUAUUACAAACAAUUUACCACUAAAUCAUUUUAUCCAAAAUAUGGUGGUAAAGUAAUCUUCUGUUUAAGUAUUAAACCAAUAAAACAGAUGCAAAUACACUCCAGAAUACCGCCACGUUGCAAACAAUAGGUUUUGUCCUUUUAAACUACGUUUCCCACCUACAUGGGUAUAUAAUGACAAAGGCCAAAUAGAGUUAAGAAGUUCAUGGCCUUUAGAAGCAUAACAUUAGUCUCUAUUAGACAUAAACAUUGGACAUUCAUAUACACAGUUUUGUUUGUUUUGUCUGGUGAGAGUCAGUGCAGUAUUUAGGGUAAGGUGAGGGCAAGAAGUUCAAAUUAAAGUUGUUGUUUAAUUCUGAUCAUUCAAGCCCUUAUGUGUAGUUCAUAGUUGCAUGUAAGAUUCUCACAUUAUAGAGAGGUGUUUGUUCAUCAUUCUUUUUUUUACCAUUGCUGCUCUUGUAUCACUAGAAUCAACAGUGUUUUGGAUUCAUUUUAAUUACCAUCCAUACAAAAAGGACUGACAAGGAUACUCUUUUUUUCACUGCUAUGGACACUUAAGAUGAUUCUUGGUAGCAGCAAGAUAAAGACAGACCAUGACUUCAGUUUCUUUCAUUUUUUUCUUCUUCUUUUGAUGAGGUAUUUAUAUUGCUGUGCAUUUGUUUCAAAUGGUUGCAACCAUUUCAAGAUUGGGUGGGGGGAAAGAAAAAAGACGACCUGUGGACAUUGUCAGAAGUUGAUCAAACCCACUCUAUUGCUUAACAUCCCCCCCGAAAGUUGGUUUUCACGGCGGCAGCUCCAGAAGCUCACCUGUGGAUCCGAGCGUUGAUUCACUGCUGAAUUUGUGGAGCUCCGAUGGAAUUGAAGCCAGCUCUGGUCCCGCCAACUUGGGGAGUUUGCUUUGGUAUAUAUUCAAGGUGUUUAUAUUGUGUAAUCACACAGAGUAUUUUCAGUUGUAACCUAUUCUGUAAGAUAAUUUUAAAAACUCUGCAGUUGCCACACAACAGGAGAUCUGCAAUGCCCGGCAAUUAAAAGCCCAUGAAAUUAAGACAAUGGAGCAGCAAUUCUCAACAUAGCAGAGGAACUCCCUAAUAUCCUCAAUUUUAUAUUUUUACCUAUAAAUAAUUGCAUUGUACUUGGAUACAGUGAACCCAUUAAUAUGUCUGAUUAAUCUGAUUGGGUGGUAUUUUAUUCCUGGGUGUCAUAUCACAGUUAGAAAUCAUCAUUGGUAUCACUGGUAUUUGUUUUACAAACAAUGUAGUUAAAUCAUAUUAAUAAUAUUAUAGAAAGCUUUGAAACAGAAACACACCCAGGCCCUUGGUCUAAAUAAGCAGACUAUGUGAUGCUUCCUGCUCUCUCUCUUUCCCGCAACAUAAAUAUUUGCAUACAUUUCAAACAAUUUGGAAUCAUUUCAAACCAUAAAUAAAAAACACAGUGCACAUAUUUAUUUGAGCUGCCACUGUGAAGAACGUUUCUAAAGAUUGUUUGAGUACUAUUAGGCUUGCUUGAUCCGUUUAUAUUUAUAUAUAUUUUUGUCUAUUUUGCCAAUAAAAAAUAAGACCAUUUGUUCGAUGUGCGAGGUAGUAUAAACUUUCCUGAGGGUACAAAAAAUGAUUUUCCAGUCCAAAUGUAAUUUGUAUAGAUAGCGUUUUUUUUGCAAAAUAGCAUGAAUUAGAAUUUAAUAACAGUUUUCAGCAUAUGAUCACUGUAAUCUGGCAUGACAAUUUUGGGGAAAACCAUACAAAUUGCUAGAAAGCAUUUUGGCAAUUCUAGGUGACAUAAACAUCACUAAUAAACAUCUCUGGAAUCCUCAAGGGCAUUAUUUUACUACCAUGGAUUUCCUGAUCCUCUAGAAUGAGCACACCAAUCAUACACAUUUUUGUCUUGAUGAGAUAAAAUCAUACUAAUCAAUCAUACACUAUCCACCCAUUUGGUGGUAAAACACGAUGAGUUCUUAAUGCCCCAUAUUGAUUUCCAGUUGUCAGUUGUCCACUUGUCAAGUAGUAAUUACAAUAUGUCAGACAUGUCAACUAGCUCGAUCUUAUUAAAAGAACACACUUCCACUUCAGCUGGAGAUGCACCAAGAUGGGAUACAGUGAUAUAGGCAAGCAUGAGCAGAACGACUUUGAAUAGGACAUUUUGACUUGUACAGAUCAUUCAUAUAUACACACACACACACACACACACACACACACACGCUAUGUACUGCUGUCCUUUCCAUGAUGAAACACAAAGCUAUAAGAUGUAAUAUUUAUAACACUGACAUGUUACUGUCCUCAUCUUUAUAUUCAUCAACUAAAAUAUCACAUGUAACUGUAUUCAUGUUUGACACUAGAUAUGUAAUCAAAAUCACAAACUCAUUUUUGUACCUGUAAUACCACGAUGUAAAUUUUAGACCAGUCUUUCUUUCAAGCAAUGAGAUGACUGUGUCCUGGUUCUCCACAUAACCAGCAUUUGCUUUUUUUUUUUUUUCAUACUGACUUGUAAAUUUAGCUGUGGCCAAUGCAAGAAAGUCUGCCAUGUUGUUUGAUGUGUACUAAUAUAUUAUGGUUCUUAUGUAUGGAAAUAUUUAAUGACACAAGACAGUGUGGAUUUUGUUAUUUGACUUUUUUUUUUAUUACCUUUCAUGGUUGUUAGAUGGUUGUGAUUCAAAACCAGAUUAGGGGGGUGGGAUGGGUUGGGAGUGGGGGGGGGGGGGGGGUGUUGGAAAUGAUAACUACUGAGCAUCAACCUGGUAGAACUAAAUUCGGCGAUUCGGUUGAAAAUAAACCCUUUCAUGUCA